CGAAACGAAACGAACGAGACACGAGUGCCUUCGUCAUCGUGCAAAUUGCAGUACGGAAAUUUUUCCAGUGUGGGGUGUUAAAUUAUGUUGAUUUUAAUGAAGUGAACAAUAUUAUUGGUGAUGUUGGCCUUAGGCUUAUUGUUAUUUCGUAAAAAAACUCUCAAAGAACACACGUUUAUUGUAGUAAUCCGCCAAAAAUCGAGAAAGCUUCAAACGUGUUUGAAGCUUUCGGUUUCGCAUUAAUGGAACUAUGAACCUGGACUCUUUAACGUUUAGCUUAUCGCAAAUCAAUUAUCUUGUCGUAAAUCUAAGUAAGAAGAACUUUAAGCAAACUAGUCAAGAGUUAACUAAGCUUGUGAACCUAUAUGGCCUGGAAGCUGAAAAUCAACUACUGAGGUGCCUUCUCGCAGAAGCAGCUAAAACCACUUGGGACACUGACAGGUCAUCGUCAUCCGCGGGCAGUAGUGUUCACGCCUCUCUUCUCUCCCAGCAUCUGACUUCAUUGUUAAACCACCCCGGCAAAGCAACCGUAGUCUGUUGCUUGGUUGAUAACCCACCCCGGUCAUUGCAAAAGAUAUUAAAGCCAUCAAACACUUUACUCACCCGGCUUACAAGAUUGCUAAAGCUAACCACUGCCGAGGAUGUUGCCUUUUCAUUGAUUUUGAGGAAGAAUUCGUCAAAACCUGAAAUUGUAUCACUUGCAAAGCAACAUUUGAAAAAGAGAUUUUUAGAACUCGUGCAGUGCUAUCUCGACGCAGAGCGAGGACAUCAAGUAGAACGUGCAGGCCUUCAGGAAUGCAGCCCUGAAGUUUUGCAAAAUCUUCUGACUAGUCUCGCUCACGAAAAUUUUCGUUUGGCAGCUGUGACUAAGGACUUGUUUCUAAAACGAUUACGAAGUGACUUUCCGCGCGAAGUAGUGCCCAUAGUACUCGCGCCAUUGCUGUAUCCCGACGAUACACAGACACCCCUAGAGGAGAUGACCACGGCCGACGACAUGACCGCAGCCAUGAUGGACAACUCAUUCGCAGAUAUAAUCCGAGAUAUCGGCUACAGCUUCACCGCAUCCGUCGAGGAAUGCAAAAACAACAUGUUAAACUUCGGUGCUCGAGAGCCCACUGCGAUAGACGUGGCUAGGGUUAUUUCGAUGAUGGUUCGAUAUCACGCUACGGCCGAGGGCCCGCAAAUACAAACACCAGGAAAUUUUUGGAUGGGACACGAAGCCAAAAAGGAUCUAAUUACACAUGGACAUGGGGAAUCUUGGAACGCUGAAGUUUUUGUUCAGACUCUUAAAGAGCUGGCUUCUAACCUAAACUGGAAAGAAGUAAUUCUACAACUCGACCAUCCCGAGUUUAUUGUUCCAGAUAGACAAGGCCUUAAUUUGUUAUUCACAAUCCUAAGAUUGGGCCUUCAGAGUGCAGGAUAUCCCGCAAAUAUUUUUCCUGUUGAAUAUCUUUGUCGUAGAUGGACUAAUCUAGAGGGCCAGCUUAGCUUGAUCAGUAAUAUCCUCAAACAUCCAGAUAUAUUCAGUUUUGCAGACCACCCAUUUCAUCCAGUAUCAAUUGAUUUAUUAAAAUCACCUCCAGAGACAGAUAACAAAGAAAUAGCUACUUGGCGUUGUUUAUACUUGGUAGAACUGUUACUGUAUGCCGCUGACCGCGACUAUUAUGUCCAAGUGCAUGAGUUAUUCAAGUUUCCUUUGCAGCAUUGUCCUGACAUCUUGCUACUGGCUUUACUGCAAAUAAGUCCACCAAUAACUGUCUUUAGACAAGAGUUAUUGACAACGCUGAUACCGAUUUUCUUGGGUAACCAUCCGAAUUCAGCAAUAAUAUUACACCAUGCUUGGCAUACACAGAAUCCUAACAUAAAGCACAUAAUAAUGCAUGCUAUGGCCGAUUGGUACAUAAGAGGUGAGAGUGACCAAUCAAAGCUAUCCCGAAUCUUAGAUGUGGCACAAGAUCUUAAAGCCUUAUCUCUUUUAUUGAAUGUACAAUCAUUUCCAUUCGUUAUUGACUUGGCCUGUUUGGCCUCUCGACGUGAAUAUUUAAAGCUCGACAAAUGGCUGACUGACAAAAUAAGAGACCAUGGAGAGACAUUUGUUUCGGCUAUGGUGAAGUUUUUACAAAGAAGAUGUCCACAGGUUAUUGGGAAAGGACCGGAAGAGCAGCUUCCGAAGGCUGCGCAGCUACCGCACGAAACUAUCGCUACUAUGUUAGCUUGCUUGCAGCUCUGUAGUCCCAACGUUCAACCUGACUUACAAGAAGCAAUCUACAAUGUGAUUAGUAGUUGUCAGACGUUGAUACUUAGCAAGACGCGUCAAAACAUUGCGGGUAUAGCUCGACCAACUCACACACGGGUAUUGGAAACUCCCUUCAAUCCUGCUGGCUUGGGCGGUCAGUUAUUUACCCCGCAUGUUGAUUCCAUAGCAACUUUGACCCCAACCGUCGCGAGUAUGAACUUAGGCGCUCCGGCAAACUCGGCUUUUGCUAUGCCCGGUAAUCUCGGUCCUCUAGUUACUACUCCGGGAUCUCCUUCUCGGCUUAUGGGUGCUGGACCUAAUAGUCCUUUCACAAUGAUGCCCUUACAGCACAACACGAACGUGGCUAACAUGGGAGCAUUGGCUAGAAUGGGCCAAGCGCCUGCAAUGGACAAACCGCGUAUUCCAGAUCCCAUACAUUUUCCGGAAAUGAUGCAGAAUGUUUCCAAAGAAAUUGAGGAUGAAGCCAAUGGAUAUUUUCAAAGAAUCUACAACCAUCCACCUCAUCCAACGUUGUCCAUAGAUGAAGUACUUGAUAUGUUGAAGAAAUUCCAAGAAUCUCCAAACAAAAGAGAACGGGAAGUAUUUUCAUGUAUGCUACGUAACCUGUUUGAAGAGUACAAGUUUUUCCCUCAAUAUCCAGACAAGGAAUUGCACAUUACUGCUCAACUUUUUGGAGGAAUCAUAGAAAAAGGACUAGUACCAAGCUACGUUUCGCUGGGAUUAGCUUUACGAUUUGUGCUUGAAGCUCUGAGGAAACCAGAGGGAUCCAAAAUGUACUACUUCGGUAUAGCUGCUCUGGAUAGAUUUAAAUCUCGUCUUAAAGACUAUCACAAAUAUUGCGAGCAUGUUAGAGCUAUACCUCAUUUUUGCGAGUUCCCUCCACACUUGAUAGAAUACAUCGAGUUCGGAUUGCAAAGCCAAGAGCCUCCUACUAAACCACAGGGAGCUGUGCUGCCCACGAGCCUGGCGGCCAUGCUGACUCAGAGUGCAGUGGUCACUGUGUCUGCCCCUUACAGGGCCGUUGUUUGUGCGCCGUCGGCGAUUUCCGGUAUAUCGAAGGUGACUAAUGCCGCUGGUGGCAUGGGGAGUCGACCCUCUAUCGCUAACGCCACAAACAUUGACACUCUUUUGACUGCCACAGACAAGGAAGAAAAAAUAAAUGCACCGCCUGAAGCUAUUCAAGACAAAACUGCUUUUAUUUUCAAUAAUCUCAGCCAGCUAAACCUGCAAACAAAGUGUGAAGAGCUCAAGGAAAUAAUCACAGAUGAAUACUUCCCAUGGCUUUCGCAGUAUCUGGUCAUGAAGAGAGCGUCGAUAGAACUUAACUUUCACGCUUUGUAUUCAAAUUUCCUUGACGUUCUCAAAAUACGCGACGUGAACAAAAUGGUCACAAAAGAAACUUACCGAAACAUCAAAGUAUUAUUACGCUCCGACAAAGGAAUCGCAAAUUUCUCUGACCGUUCGCUGCUGAAGAACCUUGGGCAUUGGCUCGGCAUGUUGACGCUGGCCCGCAACCAGCCCAUUCUUCACGUGGACAUUGACCUCAAAGCACUCCUUCUCGAAGCUUAUCACAAAGGACAGCAGGAGCUUCUGUACGUCGUGCCAUUUGUGGCCAAGGUUUUGGAGUCUUGUGCAAAAAGCGUAGUGUUCAAACCUCCAAAUCCCUGGACGAUGGCUCUAAUGAACGCAUUAGCUGAAUUACAUCAAGAGCCUGAUCUCAAGCUGAAUUUGAAGUUCGAAAUAGAAGUACUUUGCAAAAAUUUAAGCCUUGAUAUCGCAGAUCUAAAGCCUUCCAUAUAUCUUAAAGAUUCAGACAAACUAAGAUUGAUCGAGUUCCAACUUUCGCAACCAAAACCAAAUAAGGAAGUGACUAACCCGAUGCCAGUGACCCAAAACAUAGUUCCGACUGCUCAGAUGCAACUGAUGCCUCCUCAGCCUACAAUGCUGCCGCAGGAAGACAUGGCCGCCACCGCCCCAACGCCGACCAGCGGCCUCGUGGCUAACGAUCCUAGCAUGAUCGGGGUGCUUGGUUUGCCUGAGCCUCGCUUCAAUUACUUGGAUGUUAAUGUAUCUUCUACAUCUGCAUUUGGGCAGAAAAUUUGCUUCAAUCCACACAUCAUUCUCUUCCAAAACUAUCCGCAUCUAAAGCAAUUUGUCAAGCCUGCCAUAGAAAGGUCAAUCCAAGAAUGGAUUCAUCCCGUAGUUGAGCGAUCAAUAAAAUAUGCGCUGACCACUUGUGAGCAAAUCAUCAGGAAAGAUUUCGCGCUUGACCCUGAUGAAGUCCGAAUGCGCACUUGUGCUCAUCACAUGACGAGGAACCUCACCGCGGGUAUGGCAAUGAUAACGUGCAGGGAACAAAUCAUCAGCACCAUUAGCACCAACUUGAAAGCCGCCUUUGUCACGGCCUUGAUGCCCGCGACGCCCCAACAGAAGGAGAUAGUGGAUAGCGCCGCAGCAGUUCUCGCUACUGAAAAUAUGGAACUAGCGUGCGCUUUCAUCCAAAAGACGGCAGUCGAAAAGGCGCUACCCGAACUCGACAAAAGACUAAUGAACGACUACGACAUGAGAAAAAUCGCUCGUCAGGAAGGCCGACGAUACUACGACCCGAUUGUCUUGACAUAUCAGACAGAGAGGAUCCCAGAACGCGUGCGAUUGCGCGUUGGCGGGCCGACUGAUAUGCAAAUCGCCGUUUACGAAGAGUUUGCUUGCAAUAUACCCGGCUUCAUGCCCGUCCGCGACGCCGGCAUGUUCAUCCCCAAACAGCAGCAGGAACAGAUCCCGCAGCUGACUUUCAGCCAGGUCAUGAACCCGACGCAGGUCUACGGCACGGACGAAAUGAGCACUCUUAUCACGGCUGCCGAGGUCUUCUUAGCGAACUCAAUAGCAGUAGCGUCUCUGGCAGUACAGUCAGCAAAUAUGCACUCCCUACUCGAGUGCCUUAUUUUGGCUAGACGGAAUCGAGACAUUGUAUCCGGAUGUACUUUAUUACAGAAGGCUGUGGAAGGUCUCCUGGACGGACACAUCGUACAGCCGGGCGCGAGCAGCGACCACGUGGAGAUGAUGACGCGCUACCGCGACGUGCACCUGCGCGUGUUGAAGCUGCUGGAGGACGCGCGUGUGUACGGCCACGUGUGGACCACCAAGCAGAUCACCUGCUGCCUCACCGAGUGCAGGGAGGAACUCAAGUACAACCUCGAGGCAGUUGACUGUCUCAUCAGAAAUAACCUUAUCAAUCUACCACAGUACGACAUUGCGUUGGCACACAUGAUGGACAACGGCAACAACUACAUGGCCGUCGCAUUCUCCAUGCAGCUAGUCCAGCUAUACCUAGUGGACGACAGGAACAAUAUGUACGCGAACGAGUCGGACCUGUACCACACGACGGACACGUUGGUGCGCAUCAUGUCCCACUCGCGCCAGCCGCCGCCCGAGGGGCUCGGCAGCCUCAUAGAAAUGAUCCGCGUCAACCAGGACCCGAGCGCCUACCUCGGCGAGCGCUCGCCGCUGGGACCCACCUCGCACAUUCAUGCGGGCAUCUUACAAGUACGGGCACGUGAUUACGACGAUCCACCGGGCCUACUUGAGAAAACCGAGAAUCUUCUCCGCGAAUGGAGAAACGUUCUUCUUAGCCCCCUAACAGAGAUAGAGAUUGCACAGAAUUUCAAUCUAUAUGUUCACCGAAUGAACAUGAACGGAAUAUUGAAAUCGGACGAUAUGAUAACUCGAUUCUUCCGCAUCGCGACUCAGAUGUGCAUUGAGAACGUGCACCAACAGAUCAACGACGAGCGAGUCAACCCGCCGCCGUCUCCUCCCAAGCGGGAGAAGUAUUACGCCAUGUGUGAUUCCUUCAUCAAACUUGUUUCAUUGCUCAUCAAGAAUACUGCCGACGGAGGCAACCCGACGCCCAAAUUAAAUCUGCUAAACAAGAUCCUGGGCAUUAUUGCCGGCUGCUUGCUGCAAGACCACGAUGAGCACGGCACGAACUUCCAACAGCUGCCAUACCACCGGCUGCUCCUGAUCCUAUUCCUUGACAUGAACAUGGCCGAACCUGUACUAGAGUCUAUGAACUUCCAGGUUCUUACUGCGUUCUGCCACACGCUGCGCAUCAUCCGGCCAAGCGUCGUCCCCGGCUUCUGCUACGCCUGGCUCGAGAUGGUCGCACAUCGCGCGUUCAUUAACCGAGUAUUAGCUGUCACUCCUCAGCAGAAGGGCUGGGGAAUGUAUUCCACACUUCUGAUCGACCUGUUCAAGUUCCUUGAUCCCUUCCUUCGCAACACGGAGCUCGCCGCGCCGGUCAUGAUGCUGUACAAGGGCACUCUCAAGGUCCUCCUCGUUCUGCUUCACGACUUCCCAGAGUUCCUGUGCGACUACCACUAUGGAUUCUGUGAUGAGAUACCUCCUAACUGCAUACAGAUGAGAAAUCUUAUCCUGUCCGCUUUCCCGAGAAACAUGAGGCUACCGGAUCCGUUCACUCCGAAUCUGAAGGUGGACCUGCUGGCGGAGAUUACACUGCCGCCCCGUGCGGUCAUUAACUACGCCACCAUGAUUCCCAACUCGCAGUUCAAGAAGGAUUUGGACGCAUACCUAAAAGCGCGAGCACCGGUCACUUUCCUGUCGGAACUUAGAGGCAACAUGCAGGUGGUGAAUGAGCCAGGUCGCCGAUACAACAGUCAGCUCAUGAAUGCCGUGGUGUUGUACGUGGGCACUCAAGCUAUAGCGCACAUUCGCUCCAAGGGGCAGACCCCGAACAUGUCCACGAUCGCGCACUCUGCGCAUAUGGACAUUUUCCAAAACUUUACUGUUGACUUCGAUUACGAGGGGAGAUACUUGUUCCUCAACGCAAUCGCAAAUCAACUCCGAUAUCCCAACAGUCACACACACUACUUUAGUUGCUGUCUACUGUAUCUCUUCGCUGAGGCAAACUCCGAAGCGGUGCAGGAACAAAUCACUAGAAUGUUGCUUGAGAGGCUCAUAGUCAAUCGGCCACACCCAUGGGGCCUGCUGAUAACGUUUAUAGAACUGAUCAAAAACCCAAUUUACAAGUUCUGGUCACACGAAUUCGUCCACUGCGCUCCAGAGAUAGAAAAGUUAUUCGCAUCUGUAGCGCGUUCGUGCAUUGUUGAUAAGACGGGCACCGCAGGCGGCGGACAGGAUAUAGCCGAGUAGCCCCGCGCCAAUUGGGAGUCGGUCCGGCACAAGCAUAUCUUGCAAAGCUUGGUCGAGAAAGGCUUCCAGACUGCGGCACCCCAGGGGACGCAGCCCCUCCCGCAGCCAUCGACUUCUACAGCCCCACCCAAACAUUGUAUGCAGUGGAACAAACUCUUCAAGAAAUGAACAGAACAGUAUUCUCACUACAGAUUAUCAAUACCGGAAAUAAUUACAACAAAAAAACAAUCUUCAAAUACUUUAUUUUAAAUGCACAGUUCGUGACGUCAUACUCAUGAAUGGUUCAGGAAGUAAGGAAAUAUUGUGACUAUAGUAUUUAUUUGUUACUUUACGUGCUAUGGAAAAAAAAUACAUACAUACCAUCUCAAUAGCCAAUCACUAAGCAUAUAGGUACAGUCAGCGUCAAAUACUUUGUAGCAGUCAAAGUGGCCAAAUAGUUCGGUACACCACACUAAACAUAGGGUGUACCGAACUAUUUGGCUACUUUGGUUGCUACAAAGUAUUUGAUGCUGACUGUACACAUAUGUAAUUUUAAUUGCCCGUCGAAUUAGACUAUAGGGAUGUUGACAUUUUUUUUUAAAUUUUAUAUAGAUUGAUACUUAGUUAUUUCAAGAAUUAUAUUUCAAAAUAUUAUUAAUUAAUUUAAAAAAAAAAACAAGUUUAUUUACUUUAGUGUUCAAAUUUCGCGCCUCGCUCCAGGGUGGCUCUCACAGGGAUCGGAAACCGGUAUUUUUUGUAUGGGAACGAAAACUGUAUUUUUUCGUUCUUUGUUAAUUAUUUCAUUUCUAAUUGGGCAAUCUCAUAAUACGAAGUCGUUAUCUAAAAACACAACCGAGUCCUAUAUUUGGAGUAUAAAAUAAACCGAAAUAUAUAUUUAUUUCAAAGUUUUUCCAAAAAACCGGUUCCGAUCCCUGGGCUCUCAUAUUUAAUUUCUAAGUUAUUAAGUAUAUAUAUAAGCUAAAAUAUUGAAUAACAAGUUUAGUAAAUCAACAGUAUGGAAUAUUAUGAUAUAUCUUAUAUGGUUUAAUUGUUAAUUAUAAUUUUAAAAUUAUUACACAUAUGUUUUCUCGUACAAAUACAGCCAACCAGUGUGUGCUAGCAUAUUGGUGCUUCUCAUACUGUGACGUAACGCGCUCCGAUUGGUGUUUACAGUCACGUGAUACUCGGCAUUACUUUAAAUGCUUUUGUUUUUUUUUUAUUAAUUUAUGUAGCAUAUUUACACUUACAAAAUAUGGUAAAAACAACUGCUUAUACAUUCGCGAUUCAUGUCAACAUCCCUAUUUUAAAUUAACUCGUUGCACUAUUUAUCUGUACCAGCUAUUAAUAUAAUACAUCUCCUGACUUUAUUAAUUGGAAUGUGUUUUACUUUCUGGGCAUUCUAUUCUCUCAAAUAACUAGUAAUUGGAAUACGUUUUGUUUUCUAAUUUAUUACUUCGAAUAUAGGUAAUAAAUUGUAUCUACGCCACGCGCAAAUCUUUGGGUAAGAUAUUAUUUACGCCUUGAAAUUUGCGCGUGACUAAUGAGGCUUGAAGCUUGCACCAUCUCCACUUAAUUAAAAACUAUAAAUAAUCAAAUUCUUCGCACAUGAAAUAAAUAUCAGCCUUCAGUCUGCAACGGCCACCGGAGAUGAGCUGUCUAAGCCUUGAUUAAUUAUGCUUAUACAAUGAUAUAAAAUAUUGCACAAUGUUCCAGUGUCGUUUUCUAUGUGAGAUUAGCUUUUAUCAACCCCUCAUUUGCUACGUCACAGCUUUCUCUUAGACCGGGUUGUUUUACUUUUACUAUUAUAACAAUAAGGUAAUAACCUCUGCGAAUACCCCCGAUGAGCUUUGACAUAAAAUAAUGAGUUUUGUUUUUAACGAAAAUGAGCUGAUAUUUUAAAAUUGAUUGUUAUAUUACGCAACAAAAUCAACCCUUAUAAUCAUGUUCUCAAAAAUUGUCAUUGAAUAUUUAAUAUAUAGUAUUUUAUUCUAUUAUGUACAAUUUCCGAUAGCAAAUAUAUAGCGAAGCUAAGAGAUUUAGUAAGAGUCCAUAUACUAUCUAUAUCGCACAUUAUUUAUGUGUAGAAAUAGCAUUAAAACUUAGUAUUUAUGUAUAAUCUGUUGUAUUUCAAUUACAUUGCAAUAUAAUGAAAUGCAAAUGUCUGUGCUGUCUUGAUUCAUGAACGUAUUUAAUGUCUGUAUAUUUUUUUUAUAUGUAGGUUCACAUAAUAAUAAGAUAUCCGAUAAAGUAUGUUGUUAAACCUUAUCAUUAUCACAAAGUAAUCGAAUAUUUCUGAAUUAGUCACAUGUUUGAUCACAUGGAACGUCUUGGAAUUAUUACAUAUUCUAUGAUAUCAUCAAACUACAAUAGCGGCUCUCGACCGAGUGACGUAAGAAGUUUGGUAAAGCAAGAGGUACGAAUGCAGGUUGCCGGGCGGCGCGCGCGGCGGUGUUGAACGCCGUUGCCGCCGGCGUCGCCGGCGCAGCGCGCGCGUCACCCGCUCGCAAAGCCUCUCAGUCGGGUCACACUCUAUAGGCUGCUGCAUUAUCCGUUCAGUUUGACCCGAAUGAGAGACUUGUGAUUAUUGUAUUAUUUAAUUAUUAGACGGUUGUACAUUUACGAUACUGAAUAAGUUUGUCGAAAUAGAAUACGAAAUCGACUGAUUAAAAUAACUAUUAAUCUUGCGUAUGCGGGGGGAUGACAGUUCUACGCUACCUCGUGUUACGUAUCCUAUUGUGAAUGGGCCGUUUCGAUGACACUAGCGAUAACAAUCGAUUAAUUAAUAACUUUUAAUAAUAUUAGUAACUUAAAAUGAUAUAAAAUUAAGUUUUGAAAUGCAAUGCGUGUUACUGUUGCAGUUUUUCUAGAUGUGAUUUUUCUAAUCUAAUUUAGGUACGUUUAGUGUUAAUGUUUAUGCUACUAUUUCGUCAUAAGCGAUGUAAUCCCAUUUUCUAAAAAAAUGUGUUGUAAUAAAAUAUUUUUUCAUCA